AUGGGGAAAGCAUGGAUACUUGGUUUCCUGGCGAUGCUUGGCGCAGGAAGCGCAUACCUGGAACCCGAAUUGAUGGAAUCGAGCAUGUCGAACUCGACAGAAGUCUUGCUGGGCAAGAGAUCUGCCUAUUCGGGAAUGGCGACGUGGUACGAUGUUGAGACAUGGAAAGCGGGCGCUUGUGGACAAGACAUUGAUAAUAGCAUGCACAUUGUGGCAUUGAACGAGCCUAUGUACGGAUCACUGAAUGAGCGCUCUAGCUGGUGUGGUAAGAAGAUUAUGAUUGCCAACGGUUUGAAGACGGCCAAAGCUGUGAUUAUGGAUGCCUGUCCACAAACUAAGCAGUGCCAUCAUGGGGCGCUGGAUAUGAGCAUGUCGCUUUUCCAGGAGUUUCAUCAUCUUGUGCUGGGUGUAUUUCCUAUCACAUGGUGGACCAUUGAUGACGAUGAUGAUCACCCGAGCCAUCCUCCAGAGAAAACUUCGUCUCACAGCCACCAUGACAACUCAACGAGAUCAAGGAGCGAUAGCAGCUCGAGUCAUUCAUCCACACCUAGCUCUUCCACUUCAUCUUCUUCUUUUGCCUCUUCCUCUUCUUCCUACCCAACUUCCUCAUCUAAAAGCGAUGGUAAUGCAGCAUCCCGAUCUUCUGCGCGUUCUGCAGCGUCGGCCUCAGCCGCAUCGGCCCGCGCGAGGGCAGCAUCGAUUGCGAAGAAGCAGUCGCUGUCUAAAGCUUCCGCUCGAUCAGCAUCGAGUGCAUCCCAAGAAAUGGCGGCAUCCAGUCAUGCAUCUAGCCACGGGAGCCAGACUCAUGCUACGACGUCGUCCUCUUCCUCAUCUUCGUCAUCCGGAGGGAGGACCCCACAUCAGGAUACGUCGACGUCGAAAAGCACGUCGAACGAUGAUGACCCUCGAGCGGGUAAUCUGGAAAACUUUGUCAAGGUGCUCAACGGCUUGUCCAUGCUGGUUCAUGCGGCGGCGCACGAUGAGCAAGAGUAG